AUGGCCAAAGAUGGUUCACGUCGCUCGAGUAUCGCAGUAUCAACACAUGCCAGUUCACCACAUGAGAACAAUGACGACGUUCUAGCACAAGAUCCGAAUUCGAAUGAGACUGGCGAAGCCGCGCCCGACGUUCCUCAGCCAGCUGUCUCGAAGACAGACACGGUCAAAUCAUCCGCUGCAAAUGGAACGAUUUCUCGAGCGGCAGAAUCGCAGCCAAUGACCGCAUCUAAUUCCAACUCCUCAAACCCCUCUACGAAGGAUGCGGCAUCAAGUGGUACAGGUCCUGCAAUCCCUUACGGUACACGGUCGCGCAACAGGACUGGGAAUUCUCGACCAAAUUAUGCUGAGGAUAAAGAACUGGAUGCAGAAUUCGAAGUAGCGCCGCCUCUGAAAGAGAGCACUGGGCGCAAAGCAACAAGGACAGUGGAAGCGAUGUCUACCACAGAGGCUGGGCAAACGCAAAAUGCCACUAGAAUUUCGAACGGAACUAUACAAGACAAUGCCCCUACAAUUCCAAUACACCACAAAGAUCCUAUACCAGGGACAUCUACGUUUUCUGCCAAUCCAACAGCUAACGGCGGUCAUUCGAAGAAAAGAAAGGCAGCAACACAGGCACCCCUACAACAACCCCAGCUUCAAGUCCCACCACAGAACACGUCUCAAGCGGUGACCCGAAGAUCCAGUAUCGCCCUGUACACAGGAAAUAGCCUCGAAGAUUCGAAUAUGCUGAGUUUUGAAAAUUGUGGGGGGCGCCUGAAGAAUAAAAAGCUUGUAGCUGAUGAUGGAACCGUUCUAGAAGUCAAUGAUCACGCGUAUCUUGUCUGUGAGCCUCCUGGGGAACCGUAUUAUCUGGGUCGCAUCAUGGAGUUCCUCCACAUUAACAACGACGCUACCCAGCCUAUUGAUGCUUUGCGCCUGAACUGGUAUUAUCGAGCCAAAGAUAUUGGGCGCAAAGUGAACGACACUCGGCAGGUGUUUGCAUCUAUGCACUCUGAUGUGAGCCCUUUGACAGCACUUAGAGGAAAAUGUCAAAUCAAGCACAAGUCCGAAGUUGAGAAGCUGGACGAGCUUAGAAAAUCGAAAGAUUCGUUCUGGUACGAAAAGCUUUACGACCGCUACAUUCACCGUUACUACGAUGUCAUCCCAACGAGUCAAGUCAUAAAUGUGCCUGCCGAAGUUAAAAAAGUUCUUGACGAAAGAUGGAAAUUUAUAGUCGUUGAGCCGGGACGUGGCAAAGAGUUGACAAGUGCUGUUAAAUCUUGCAAACGGUGCAGCAAGUACUGUGCAAGCAAUGACUCAGUGGACUGUGCAGUGUGUCACAAUACAUAUCACAUGAGUUGCGUGAAUCCUCCUUUACUGAAGAAGCCAUCCCGUGGAUUUGCUUGGGCUUGUGGGCCAUGUAGCAAAGCGCAGGAGAAAAAACUCGAAGCCCGCAAUACCCCAAAUGUCAAUGACCCAACCGAAGAUGAUGAGAAUAUUGACGAUGAUGACGAAGCUCACGAAGCCGCUGGCGAUGAUCCCGAUACUGGUCGGACAAGCCCAGUGUCCAGUGAAGUCGAUGUUUCGUUCCACCCUGGCACAGCGGAACAGAUACACCAGGCCAGCCUGUGGCUUUUCAGAUAUCUUGGCAUUCAUUGCAAAGUUGAGGACGCAUUAGAUUACGAUGACCGGAUUUAUCCAAGAGCGAGCUCACGUCUUGGCCCUCGGCAUCAAGCUAUUGUUCCGAUCUGGCCUGGUAGGCCUGUGGAGUAUGUCAAACCUGCUGAGAUUAAAAGGAAAUAUGUGAAAGGAGGUGGUCACAAGAAAGAUACCAAGCUGCACAAGGAUACGAUAGCCGCUUUGGAGGCCGACAAGAUCGCGCGAGAGAAGCGUCCGAAGUGGGUGAUGGAUGAACCUCCCGGCUAUGUCCAUAGAGGAGAAGAUUACGAAGAUGGCGACCCGAACAGCACUGCAACUUUGCUCUACAAGCUGCCUGAAGCCAUAGAGGUCCCUGGAAGAACUGUCACAGGUUUCGAUCCGGAAGGGCACCCAAUACCGGCCAGAGAACAAAUGAUUUUUGAUUACAUGGGCCGUGCUGCGCAGCUUGCAAGGCAUCUUGGACUUCCUGACCUGUCGACAAAUCUACUAGAUGUCGCACUUCAUACCUUGCAUCUCAAUGGUUAUGAUGUUGAACAAGCCCUCCAUGUCUUAUCACAGACAGACAAGAGAACUUUCAAGGAGCCCGAUCUUAGUCCGCAGGAACUCAAAAAGUUCGAAGACGGCGUCACGAAGUUUGGAUCAGAAUGGCACAGCCUCAAGAAACACGUCAAAACAGUCAGCGCCGCAAACAUUGUUCGAUUCUAUUAUACCUGGAAGAAGACGGAGCGUGGAAAGCAUAUCUGGGGAAGCUACAGCGGUCGGAAAGGGAAGAAGGAGGCGAAGAGAGCGGAGGCCACCACUGGAAAAUUACAAGACGAUGUCGCUGACGAAAAUGACGAUUCUGCUUUCGACAACGAGAAAGCUCGUGAUAGGAAAAGAUCGUUUCAAUGCAAGUUUUGCACGACGAGGGAGUCCCGACAAUGGCGGCGUGCUCCAAAUACGCCAGCUGGUACCAUGAUAUCCGAUAAUCCGGCUGGUGGCAAGCCUGUUGGGAAAGAUAAGGGCAACCAAUUCAUGGUUGCCUUAUGUAGGAGAUGCGCUGAACUGUGGCGACGUUAUGGUAUCCAGUGGGAAGAUAUAGACGAGGUCAAGAAAGCGACGCAGGCUAGCGGUCGAGCUUGGAAGAGGAAGAUCGAUGAGGAGCUCUUGAAGGAGCUAGCUGCAGCCAACGAAGUUACCAACGAAGCAGUGAACGUUACCCCAGUUGCACCUCUGUCCACAAACGGGACGCCAGCACCAGCUUUGGCUAAUUUACCGGUGGGACCUGAGCCGCCACGGAAAAAGCAAAAAGCCGCUCCUGAGAGAGAUACCAUCGAACCUGGUGUGGAUGUGGCUGUAGUACCUGCAGCGAGGAAGAAACUGGUAGCUGAGAAACCUGCCGGUCCUCCACCACCACCAGAGCCGCCAAAAGCUAAGAUACUUCCUUGUGCAAUUUGCGGACAGAUGGACCCCAUGGGUGACCAGCAUCUAUCUUGCAAAGAAUGCCGAAUGACUGUCCAUCGCAACUGUUAUGGUGUAGUGGGAGAAAAUCGAAGCCCAAGCAAAUGGAUUUGCGAUAUGUGCUCCAAUGACAAGAACCCUCAGGUUUCGAUCCAAUACAAGUGCACCCUUUGCCCAAUAGAAUAUACAGAGCACGACUUUGUUGAGCCACCAAAAGUCACCCACAAGAAGAAAACAGAGAAAGAACGUGAGCGAGAGCGAAUCGAACGAGAAGCUAAUCAAAAGGCGGCCGACUAUUUUCGCAAAAAGCAAGAAGAGCAGAACAGACCCGUCAAUCCUCGAGAACCAUUGAAACGUACCGCGAAUAACAACUGGGUCCAUGUCACUUGUGCUGUUUUUACCCCUGAAGUCAAGUUUGGUAACGCAAAAGCUCUUGAGCCUUCGGAGGGCAUUCCUUCAAUCCCCACAGCUAGAUAUGACGAGACCUGCAAGGUAUGCAAAAAGAACAAGGGUGCAUGUGUCAGUUGCCAAUGUUGCAAAACACCAGUACACGUUGGGUGUGCCCACCAAGCAGGGUAUCUCCUUGGCUUUGAUAUAUCCCCCAUUAAGCAAGGUCGACGUGAUCAACCGAAUAUAGCUGUCAACAUAGGCCAAAAUGUAGGCACGAUGACAGCGGGCAUAUGGUGCAAGGACCAUGUCCCUACGAAAACUGUUCACCGAAUGCAUGACAUUGCUGAUCCAGAGACGGGGCUGAAUGCUUUGCAGCUCUACGUUCAAAAUUUCAAGCAGGCUGAUUUGACAUUGACUGGUACAGUCCGCAAGGCUACGCUCGUUAACCAGUCAACGAAGGUCUUGAAUCCUCAAGCAACUCCCGCACAAGUUCCUAACCGACGAAGCUCGACAACUACUGGCACGAAUGGGAAUGCAUCAACUGGGAAAGGAUCGGUUUCUAAUGUGAAGACGGAAGACUCGUACCGGGACUUGAAUUCAGUUGCCAAGAACAGUACAUCGAAGAUAUGCGUCACUUGCGACGUUGAUGUCAGCCCCAAAUGGUGGCCGUUCCCACCAGAUGCACCAACGCAAACUUCUGAGCCUGCUGCCGAUGUACCUAUGAUGAUAGACAGCGAGCAAGCUCCAAUAAGAGAGUUACCAUUGACCAAUGGCCACGCUGCGAACGGCUCUCCUGAAGACACUGGUGGCACCAAUGUGGCUUUGGCAGCAGCAGCCUUGCACCAAAAUCCUGCCAAGCUCAUCACUCCUACUGAAUUUCAAUGUCAUCAGUGCCAUUGGAAGAAGAUUCGGAAAGAGCCUACUCCACCGCCUCCACCCACGUCAACCACUCGAGAACCAUCGCGUCCACCUCUCGAUUUCAGCCAACCACCUCGGAUUGCCACCCCCGAGCCAGAAAUGGGCCAACCACCGCCAGCACCAUUUGUCUGGCCUCCUCCUCCUCCGUCUUACCCGCCUAAUGGCCCUUCAUACAACUGGCCACGACACUCUCCUGGGGCCCAGACUGGGCCCCUGGUAAACCACAUGAAUGGCAGCCACUCUCCUCGACGUAACUCUGGAUCCAUGCAGUCACAUAAUGGCCAACCUCAAAUGCGGCAACCAAUACAUGGCGUACCGCACUCUCCGCGCCAAAAUGGUCAGAUACCACAAGGUCCGACUGGCUUUCAUCCGCCUUCACCGCAUCGUAGCAUGGGUUCUCCAGCAGAUUAUAUGCAAAACGGCACAUAUCCAUCGUACGCUUCUACGCGACCGCCUCCUCAACACUUGACCAACGGGGGGCCACCUCCAAGGGCUCCUGAGCAUCCAUUCUCUCACUCCCAUGCUCCAAUGCAUCCCCGCCAUCCGUUUGGACCACCACAUGGUAGCCCGCCUUUACUCCGCGAAUCGCAUCCUCAGAGCAGAGAAUCUAUGAAUCCUCCCAAUAGCAAUGCUCGACCAAAUGAUGGUCGUGUUAAUGGCGGGGCGAGUGCAUCUCCUUCUCUGCGAAACCUACUCUCUUAA